ACAGUUGGUAUAAUUAUAUUAAUUGGUAUCAUUAACAAUUGUGUAUAAUAAGUUAACACAACCACAAAUUCUAAGACAUAUCCAAAUGAACAUGUCAAACAAACAUUUCCAUUUGGACCUAAUAUUGCACAAUUAGAUUAACAUGGAUAACAUGGUUUAAAUGUGUAUUAUUUACUAUUAAGUGUAGAUUAUGAUUAUUUCAAAUAAAAUCCAUCUUUGCAUAUAGAACCUGUUUUACAAUUAUAAGGGCAUGCAAAAGAUUUUGCAGUUAGAUUACCCAAGUAAUUUCCAUCAUUACAUUAGAAUUUUAUGUUGCUACAAUUAAAAUACAAAUAGUGCAUCCACUUGAACAUUCAACACAUACAUUAUUUGUGCAGUACAUGUCAAACAAUUCUGAUUUUUUACUUGUGGCACAUAUUUAACAAG